GUUGUAAAUGAGAUUGAUUCUUAAAUUUCUCUGUGGUAGUUCAUUAUUAGUGUAUAGACACACAACAGACUUUUUUUAAAGUUGGUUUAUUAUUUAUUUUUGGCUCUGCUGGAUCUUCAUUGCUGUGUGUUUUUCUCUAGUGUGGUGAGCAGGGGCUACUCUCUGGUUGUGGGGCACAGGCAUCUGACUGUGGUGGCUUCUCAUUGCAGAGCACAGGCUCCAGGGCUCUCGGGCUUCAGUAGUUGUGGCUCCCAGGCUCUAGAAGACAGGCUUAGUAGUUGUGGCACACAGGCUUAGUUUGUCCGUGACAUGUGGCAUCUUCCUGGAUCAGGAAUCAAACCCAUGUCUCGUGCAUUGGCAGGUGGAUUCUUUACCACUGAGCCACCAGGGAAGUCUCGGAUGUGGAUUCUUAGUGGAAGUAUAUUAUACAUAUAAAGGAGGGACAGAUUCACCAUAAUUCAACAUAGAUCCCUUUGGGCCUCCAAAGCUCUGCUGAGUGGUAAGAAUGUCAAACUGCCCGGGAAGCUCUUAUUCAAAAGUAGAAUUUCACAAGAUAUGGAAAGAUCAAUUCUCUCUGUGCUACUGCCCUUUUAUAUGCUUUGCAGCAUCAUUCCACAACUAUGCACUUGUUAAGAGAAUGUUUUCAAACCUCAAGCUCUUGUUUUCAAACCAAACUCAACAUCAACAAGGCCAUAUCUUUAACCAAAGACAAAAAGCAGAAUCAGUGCCUUGGGUAUCUGAACAAGAUCUCUGCCACUUUGCUUCUCCAUAGUGUAAAGCCUUUAUUAGGCAUAUAACAUUUUCAGUAUAAGAGGACUACUGCUCAGUGCUUUGUGUACUGGAUUCCACUUUGUCUUACAUCGUUACUACUAUCCUGCUUCUUAUUGUUUGGUUUUGCCUGAUAUAGAAAGGAUAGAUAAAAGAUCUAUUUGAAUGUGAGAUUGAGAGAGGCGUGUCAAGGUUUCUAAUAUCUUUUAAGUUUGGAGUUGUGGUGUUCUCUUUACAUGAAGCUGAGGUCUGUGAAACUGUUAGCAAAUUGACUCUUCACAGGAAAGACAGGAAAAAAGAGGUUAUUAGAUUAUUUCAUUGUUAGGUGAGGAGGUGAUUGUGGCAAGGAAAGAUUGAAUUGUUUUCUUUCACAGCACACAGCAAGUUGAUGUAAUGGAAAAAGUGUGGGCAUUAUAAUUAGAUUGAUUUGGAAUCCUACACGGCAUUGUGUAAAAUGGUUCUAAGCCUCAAUUUUCUCAUACGUGAAAUGGGAAUGUAGUUUCCAUUGGAUGAUGUGAAGGUCAUUGAGAAAGUAGUUUAAAAGCUGCUUGUACCAUGUUUGAUCUGCUAGCUGUGACUGCAUUUAGUAGUAUUAAGAGCUACACUAGUAAGAAUAGUAUUCCCUCACUGAUACUGGGGGUUAACUUGUAAUUUUUAGAGAGGUCAUACUUACUUGUAAUGUCAAGAUUUCACCUUAGUACAUCUGAGAUUUCCAAGGCAAGAUUGGUUUUCAUGGCUUAUUUCUCUUUCUUAGAUUUGUCUUUGCAGGACUCCCUUUUUCCAGAGAGGGGAACCCAGAGGAAGAGAUUAUGGCUGCUGUAGUUUUUUCAGUUGGACCUCUGAAGUGAUCAAGCUUAAUAGAUGACAUGGAGAGAAAGAAGAUGUUUAAGACACAGUGCUUGGCUGUAGGGAGCUUACAGUCUCACUGAGGUAGUGAGUCAUGGAGUGAUCUUAUCCUGUGUCCUGUCAGAGUCCUCAAGUUUUCCAGCCAGAGGAAGAUCUUCACCUUCAGGCAGAAGAGCCAGAAUUGGUAAAGGAAUCAGUGACAUUUAAAGAUGUGGCUGUAGACUUCACAUUGGAAGAGUGGAGGUUGAUGGACCCUACACAGAGGGACCUGCACAAGGACGUGAUGCUAGAGAAUUACAGGAAUCUUGUCUCCUUGGGGCUUGCAAUUUCCAAACCAGACAUGAUAUCUCAUUUGGAGGAUGGAAAAGGACCAUGGGUGGUAGUGAGAGAAAUUUCAAGAACCCCCUUUUCAGAGUUGGAGACCAAACCUACAACCAAGAAUACUAUACCAACAGAGGAUUUUUCUAAAAAACAUUUAUCACAGGAGGCCAUUGUAGAGAAACUCACAGAGAAUGGUCUAUGGGACCCUGGAAUGGGAGGAUUAUGGAAAUGGGGUGACAGGAUACUGAGACUGCAGUAUAGUCAGCAGAGUCCUGUUGGCCAAAGAACAGUUAAACACAAGGAAAUCCCCACUAUUCAGAAAGGCUUUGAGUUUGGAUCUGCUCUUCUUCCAGAACCAGAAGUUAUCACAGAAGAACCCCAUGGCAAAUACCAAACACAUGAUGGAAGUUUUACAGAGGGUUUAGAUUUGAUCACAGAUACCCAUCUGAGAAAGGAAAUUUGCAAGGAUACAGAAGGCAGCAAAGUCAUAAGCCCUGCCUCAGAACUCACUUUAGGGAAAAAACCCAAUAAUAAAGAAAAACCCUAUAAAUGUAGUACAUGUGAAAAGGCCUUCCGUUAUAGGUCAUUACUCAUUCAACAUCAGAGAACUCACACUAAAGAAAAACCUUAUGAAUGUAAUGAAUGUGGGAAAAUGUUCAGCCAGCCUUCUUAUCUUAGUCAACAUAAAAAAAUUCACAGUGGAGAAAAACCCUAUAAAUGUAGUGAAUGUGGAAAGGCUUUCAUUGCUUCUUCAUCACUUAUGGUGCAUCAGAGAAUUCAUACUAAGGAGAAACCUUAUCAAUGCAAUGUCUGUGGAAAAUCUUUUAGCCAGUGUGCACGCCUUAAUCAACACCAGAGAAUUCAAACUGGAGAGAAGCCCUAUAAAUGUAGUGAAUGCGGGAAAGCUUUUAGUGAUAAAUCAAAACUUGCAAGACAUCAGGAAACUCACAAUGGAGAGAAACCCUACAAAUGUAAUGAUUGUGGGAAAGCCUUUAGGAAUAAGUCAUAUCUUAGUGUACAUCAGAAGACCCAUACUGAAGAGAAACCAUAUAAAUGCAAUGAGUGUGGGAAAUCUUUCAAGAAUACCACAAUCUUUAAUGUUCAUCAGAGAAUUCAUACUGGAGAGAAGCCCUUUAGGUGUAAUGAAUGUGGAAAAGCCUACAGAAGUAAUUCCAGUCUUAUUGUACAUAUCAGAACUCACACUGGGGAAAAACCCUAUGAAUGUAAUGAAUGUGGGAAAGCAUUCAAUCGUAUAGCAAAUUUCACAGAACAUCAGAGGAUUCAUACUGGAGAAAAACCCUAUAAAUGUAAUGAAUGUGGGAAAGCAUUCAUUAAUUAUUCAUGCCUUAGUGUACACCACAGGAUGCAUACAGGAGAGAAACCUUAUAAGUGUAAUGAAUGUGGAAAGGCCUUCAUGCGUUCUUCAUCUCUAAUUAUACAUCAGCGAAUUCAUACUGAGGAGAAACCUUAUCUCUGUAAUGAAUGUGGGGAAUCUUUCAGAAUAAAAUCACACUUAACUGUACAUCAGAGGAUUCAUACUGGCGAGAAACCAUAUAAAUGUACUGACUGUGAGAGGGCAUUUACCAAAAUGGUAAAUCUCAAGGAGCACCAGAAAAUUCACACUGGCGUGAAACCCUACACAUGCUACAACUGUGGAAAAUGCUUCAGAACUAAGUCAUACCUUAUUGUACAUCAGAGGACCCACACUGGAGAAAAACCAUAUAAAUGUAAUGAAUGUGAGAAAGCUUUCACUAAUACAUCACAGCUUACUGUGCAUCAGAGAAGGCAUACUGGAGAGAAACCCUAUAAAUGUAAUGAAUGUGGGAAAGUUUUCACAAGUAACUCAGGCUUUAAUACCCAUCAAAGGACACAUACCGGGGAGAAGCCAUUUAAAUGUAAUGACUGUGGCAAAGCAUUUAGCCAGAUGGUACACGUUACAGAACAUCAGAAAAUCCAUAGUGGAGAGAAACCAUAUAAAUGUGAUGUCUGUGGAAAAGCCUUCAGGAGGGGUUCAUACCUUACAGUUCAUUGGAGGACACAUACUGGAGAAAAACCCUACUCGUGUAAGGAAUGCGGGAAAGGUUGUAUUACUCUAUCACAGCUAACUCUGCACCAGAGAAUUCAUACCGGGGAGAGGCCCUAUAGAUGUGAAGAAUGUGGAAAAGCCUUCAGAACUAACUCAGACUUUAUUGUGCAUCUGAGGAUGCACACUGGAGAAAAACCCUAUAAAUGUAGUGAAUGUGGAAAAGCCUUUAGGAGUAGCUCCAGCCUUACUGUACAUCAAAGAACACAUCAGAGAGAAAUUCAGUUAAUAUAGAGAACAGCAAAUCAUCAUUCAGACAGUAAUAAGAAUCUUAUAAACUGUACAUUUUAUGAAUGUGGGAAAACAUCCAGGAGCAAUUCACCAGAAAAUACACACUGAAGAGAUGCUUUACAAGAAUGUAGAAGAGCAGUUGGUCAUCUUAAAUCUUAGAAAUUAUAAGAAAAUUCAUAAUAAAAGGGGCAUGUGAAAGCCAUCAUCCAAAUUUCAUAUUUUAUUCAUUUAACAAGUUGUCUUCAAUGAUUUGCUUAUAUAUAUUAUAUAUUAUUAUGUAUUUUUAUAUAUAUUCCUAUUGGCUUGUCUAUAUUAUGAAUCUGGAGGUGCUCUUAAUGUAUUUGAGAUAUUAAUCUUUUCUCACGUGUGUUCCACAUGUUUUUCUUAACCUAGUAUUUGUCUUUGUAUUUUUUAUAUAGUAAAAGAUUGUAAGUCUUUAAUUUUUUAUAGUAAAACAUCUUUUCCUUUUUAUAUUCCUGAUUUACUCAGUUAAAAGGACCCAUGUAAUCCCCAGGUUAUAUAGAACCUCUUAAAUUUGUUUCUAAGAUUUUUAUAAUUUUAUUCUUUACAUUGAGGUUUUCAUCCAUCUGGACUAGAUGGCUGUUCAUAGAAAAACAACUCCAAAUGCAUUAACCUAUGACAAUAUUAUGAACCUAAAUAAAUAGUACUCAGGGAAGUGCAUGUUAAAACAACCCAUGAGAUGUUACUUCCACUUCGUGGAGUUGGCAAAAAUUAAGAGAUGUUUUGCUAGUGGAGUUUGAUAAACCAUAUACUCAUACAAGAUGGUUAUAUCAACUUAUAUUUCCACUUGCAAUCCAGCUAUAUACUUUUUAGAUUUUUAAGUAAAAGUUUAAAAGCAUUUUGACCCAGCAGUCUCACUUUGAGAAUUUGCUGCACAGAAAUAGUAGCAUCAGUGCAAAAGUAUAUGCAUAAGUAAGGAUGUUUGUUAAAGUAUUAUUUGUAGAGACAGAGAUGAAACCCAACUGGAGACAAAGUGAAUGCCAAUGAAUUGGUGAAUGAGUGAAUUAACUUAUAUAGCCAUACCAUGGAACAACAUGAGAGUAAUUUUUUUUUUGAGAGUAAUUUUUAAAAUGAGUUAUAUUUACACUAGUUGACUAAAAGGUGUUUCCACAAUUUUUUGGUAAGUAAUUGCUUUAUUACAGAGAUGUAUAUGUACAAAAUUUCAUUUUUGUUAAAGUAAUGAUCACAUGCAUUUGUGUGUAUAUGUGUGCAUGUGAUUAGAUGAGCAUGGAAACAGGUAACAAGAAUAUACACCAAGCUGUUAAUAUUGGUUACCUCAAAGGGAGGGAGAAAAGGAGAAGCAUGAGAAGUGCGGGGAAAGACUGGGAUAACAGAAAAAUGUAAAUGCAGUGUAUGUGGUAUAAAACUAUGUAUUUGUGUAAACAUUUGAUAACCAUGAAUGAAGGGAUGGUCUCCAAAAAGUUAAUGACAUUCAUUUCAGAUUUU